ACAAAGAGAGAGAGAGAGAGAGAGAGAGAGAGAGAGUUGCAAACCAAAACCAAGUUUGCAUUGGCUUCAAGAUCUUGAUAGCAUCAGAAAUGGCAGCCAGAACGGUGGGUAUUAUUGUUGCAUGUCUCUUGAUUGCUGCAAUGGACAUCACAGCAGGCAUACUUGGAAUCAAAGCAGAAGCAGCUCAAAACCAGGCUAAACAUAUGAGGCUAUGGCUGUUUGAGUGCAAGGAUCCGAGCCAUAAAGCCUUCACUCUAGGGGUGGCUGCAGCCACCCUUCUGUGUGCGGCCCAUGUUCUCGCCAAUCUGCUUGGUGGGUGUAGCGUUUGUACAACAGAUGAUCUUUCAAGGGCAUCCCCUAGCGGCCAAUGCUCACUGGCCUGCCUCUUUAUCACCUGGGUGACAUUGGCAGUUGGGUUGGCAUUGCUGGUUAUAGGGACCAUGUCAAACCACAAGUCAAGGGCUUCAUGUGGAUUCACUCACCAUCACUACAUGUCCAUUGGGGGCAUUCUAUGCUUUGUUCAUGCUGGCUUUUCUGUGGCUUAUAUUGCUACUGGCACUGCUGCAUUCACUGCAUAAUUAAACAAGCUUCAUUUGUUCAUGCAGGCAUAUGGAGAUAUCAUCACCUGAUUUCAAGCCUUUUAAUUUACUUCUUUUGUCCUAAGCUUUUAAUUUAUUAAUCAGCUUAGCUUUUGUAGCAUUCUGACCUCAAGUGUGACUUGUUAACUUUUACCAAACUCUAUGUAUCCGACACAAUACACAUGUUUGUGGCCCCUCUAACUAGGUGAUCAAUAUGCUUCCUACA